AUGAGAAACGACCCAUUGUCGACUUGUGAGCGCAAGUUUAUUCUUGAAGGAUUUGCCGAAAAUCAGCGGUUGGACGGUCGCACAUUGAGCGAUUUUCGACAGGUGAAGCUCGUAGUGGGCGCACAAUGUGGAACGGCUCUAUGCACCAUAGGAGAAACCAAGGUAUUGUGCGCAGUCAGUGCUUCUCUCACAGAGCCACGCUCAAACCGUCCUAACAAAGGUUUCGUUGUGGUUGACGUGGAUAUGAGUCCUAUGGGGAACCCAGCCAAUGAGCAUAAUCGUUUGGGUGAACGCGGCUUGGAAUUAACUCGCUUGCUGGAACUAGUGCUCAGAGACUCGCGAUGUAUCGAUGUUGAGUCUCUGUGUGUCCGUGCGCAUAAAGAGGUCUGGAAGUUGAGAGUGGAUGUUCGAAUCCUAGACGAUGAUGGAGGUCUUUUAGACUGUGCAUCUGUAGCUGCUGUCGCAGCUCUUCAUCACUUUCGCCGUCCUAAUGUCACUGUUCAACCGCAUCACACUAUUAUUCAUUCCGAAUAUGAACAAGCCCUUGUGCCACUUAACAUUUAUCAUAUGCCGAUAUGUGUCUCAUUUGGGUUCACAAAGACAGGUGACUACGUUGUUAUUGAUCCUACUGACAAGGAAAGGCAAUGCCUUUAUGGAUGUCUGGUUAUUGCAUGCAACAAACGCCGAGAAGUCUGCGCUCUUCACCAGUCAACAAACUUAAUUCUGAGUACGGGGACGAUUGAAUCUUGUGUGAUGCGCGCUAUGCAGAGGGUAGUCGAUUUGUCCGAACUGGUCUCUACUGUUAUAAAAGACGACGCAGCAAAACGCAGUAAAUAUCAAAAACCAGCUGGAUUUGAACUAACUCUGGAUGCGCAGUUGUUGACUACCAAGGAGGCACACCCGAAUGAGCUCGUCGCACCUGCUGUUGAGCUUGCACAAGAAUUUUUGGAGUCGGAGCAGCCCAGCGUGAUGCAUAACGAGAAUCCAUUGACAAGGAACAAUGGGUCAGAGUUCGACGAACGCACCGAGGAAGAAGCUCUAGCAAAUCAAGUAGCAUCGAUAGUUGAUGGCGUGGAUAAUGUCAGUAUGGAUACAACAACACAAUCAGGCCCUUCUUCUUUGGAAAUGAAGAAAAUGAUCAGCAAUAGAAAGCGUGAAGUUGACGAAGUUGCUGAUUUGCUGGAAGAUCUUGACGAUCUGGAAGGCGAAAUCAUGGAACUCAAUCCAAAGCAGUCUAUGUCUGAACAGGAGUCAAAUAUGGACAUUGAUCUGUUAAAAGCAAGAAAGAAAACGUAG